AACAAAAUAGAUUUUUUUUAGAGUGCGAAAGAGGCCGCGUGGGGUUGAGGCUGCACGUUAUGGACCGACGAAGCUGAGAAGGGGAUAAACACACCAAAAUGACAGACGAAAGAUCUGUAAACUGGGCUGAGCUUAUCCACCACAAGAGACUUGAUUUAUCAAAGAAGGAUCUAACAUCACUGAAUGGAAUAGCUAAAUGCAAGGAAGUAACUUGGCUAAAAUUGUCCAAUAAUGCAAUUGAGAGUUUGCAGUGUUUGAAAAGAUUAAAGAACUUGGUUGUGUUGAAUGCAAGCAACAACAAAAUAUCAAAAAUUCAUCACAUAUUACACUUGCAAGAUCUCAAAGCUUUAAUUUUGAACAACAACUGUCUGGCAUCUGUUCAAGGAAUAGAGAAACUGUCAUGUCUAAAUGCACUUGUUUUAUCGCAGAAUAAGAUAGAGUCUAUUGAUAUUUCCAGCCUAACAAACAUUUCAAAGUUGUCCUUGUCACAUAACCAGUUUAAGGAGGUGCCUGACCUUCAGAAUCUUUCCAACCUCAAAGAGUUGCGAAUGAAUGAUAACCAAAUAGAGGAUAUUCCAGCAUCCAUAUGUCACUGCAAAAGCUUGAAACUUGCUGAUUUUGGAAACAACAGAAUUAGUUCUUUUGGUUUCCUGGAAAAGCUCAGCAAGACUGGAAUCGAAAACCUGAACUUGAAAGGGAAUCUUCAUUGA